AAAUAAAAACACACGCAACAUCAACAGACAACAGACGAUCACUUGUAAAUUGUAAUUUGUUUGUUGUCGAGCCGACAAAGGUGGACAAAGCCAGACAAACAUUUAAGGUUAACGUUAAAUUAAAAAAUAACAAUGGAUAUUGAUGAAAGUCCAUCAAGUUCUGGAAGAGCUAAAAGAGAAAAAAAAGACAAACAUGGUCGUGCUGCUGCUUUUGAAAAAUUAAAAAAAUUAAAAGGAACAAAAAAUAAAUAUCAAGUUGAUGAAAUUGUAAAUGUAUAUGAUGUAGUUGAUGAAAAAGAAUUUUCUAAAAAGCAAACUGCAUUACAACAAGAAGAUUGGAUUGUUGAUGAUGGUGAUGGUGGUUAUAUUGAAGAUGGUCGUGAAAUAUUUGAUGAUGAUAUGGAUCCAGACAGUAUACAAAAAAAUUCCAAGGAAGCUAAUCGUUUAGUUGGUCCUAAAAAACGUAAACGUGAUGAAGCUACAAAAUCAAAAAAUGCUGGUGGUAAUAUUAUGAGUAUGAUUCAAGGUAUGCCAUUGAAAAAAAAACGUGAAGAAACAAGUCAAGUAAAUCAUGAAAAUAUAUUGGAAAUAAUGUUGCAAGAUCUUGAAAAAGAAAAAUCAUCAUCAUCAUCAUCUCAAAAGCCAAAAGUUAAUUCAAAAAAUACAUUGAUUUAA